AUGCAGCACUAUGAUGACCUAUUGAAAUACCACUUGGGUGAGUUUGGUGCAUUCCAGAAACGCACGUUUUUCUUACUCAGCCUGACUAUCAUUCCAAUUGGCAUGAAGGUAGCUUCUUUUGUUUUUAUAUUGGCGGAAACUGACCAUUGGUGUAGGAUUCCUGAAUACGAUGAUCUUAUCGAGCAAUGUGAAUACAUUAACGCUACAACAGAUUGUGACUUCUUUGUGAAAAGUAUGACAAUUCCGAAGGAGCAUGUUAACGGUGCCUGUGACACCACAUGGAGAUUCAGCAGUUGUCUUAGAUAUGAUAUCAACACAAGUGAUGUCAUUGAUUUGAUUGACGCCUAUGAUAACCAAACGCUAGAGACACGGACAUGUGGCAGCGGAAUGGAAUUUGAUACAACCCAGUAUUCAUCCACGGUGAUACAAGAGUUUGGCUUCGUUUGUGACUGGUAUUAUCUGGGCCCUAUUUCAACAUCUCUAUUUUUAUUGGGUCCAUUUCUUGGCACUGUAUUCAUCGGUUACAUGGCAGACAAAAAAGCAGUUAGUUUUGAAGUGUCUAAUCGAGAGUUGCCCAGAUCCGUAGGUCUUCUGUACUUGUCAAUAAACAAAGCUUUACACAUGAGUCUAACAUCUGACUUAAUUGAAGUACGCCCUCACACAUCGCGUUCAGUUUCGGAAACCGUUGGCCCAUCAAAACGAGGUACUGUCACUAUGGCGUUUAUGGUAUUUUACAGUUUGGGAUAUUGUAUACUACCUAUCAUAGCUUACUAUGUUCGUGAUUGGUCAGUUCUGGUUCUCAUUAUCAACCUCCACCCUAUCGUAUACCUCUCCUAUUGGUGGAUACUCGCUGAAUCGCCACGCUGGUUACUCUCGGUCGGCAAAGUGAAGAAAGCUAAGAAAGUCAUGCAGCGAAUGGCUAAUGUCAACAAGGUCGUGCUUCCCGAUAAUAUCUUCGAGACUGGAAUAUUUGAAAGCUUGAACAGCAAGGACAGUGAUUUGAAGGUGGGUAUGGCGAUUGGUGUAAUGUCUUCAGUGUCAUUGUCCAUUCUUGUCAGUGCCCUUGCUCCGCAACUGCUAGUACUACGAAAGGUUUGGAAUCCAUUACCACAACUAUUGUUUGGUGGUUUGUCAAUCAUAUCGGCGUGUCUGGUGUUGUUUCUACCUGAAACACGAGGGCGGAGACUUCCUGCCAACAUCCAGGAAGCAGAGAUACUUGGAAAAAAACAAGAACCUACUGAAGAAAUGGAUACUGACCUAAACGUACAGGACAACUACAUUGAGUUAAAGGCGAAAUGA